AGCGUUUCCCCGGCAACGGAAAUCGUUCGCUCCCCCCGUGAAUCGAUUUGUCCGCGGCGGGCCCGUUCUAGGUAUUUUCCAGACGUUUCUACGCCGUCGCGCACAGCGCGUACACAGCCCGGAGAGCGUACACCCGUCGCGACGACCGAAACAACAACAGCGGCAGAAGCGACUACGACGGCGGAGGAUACUAGCCCAGCCGAGACGGGGUACGGAGAGAUAAAAAACGAAGAUGCCCGUCCGUCCGUUGUACAGAUGAACGACAACAACGUCGUUUGAGAAGCUCCACGGUCUAGCUUACACGUCCGAGUUAACACCGUCCAGUUUAACAAUACCGUAGCACGAUGCAGCUGCUUUCCGGCGUCGCAUUGCUGAUCACCUUGGUCCUGCAGAUCGGGUGGUCCCGAUGCGGGUUGCCGCCGUCCAACGAAAUCACUCAAAACUUUCUAUGGAACACCGACGCGGUGGAAUGGCGAAUCGGCGAAUGGGAACCGUGCACUAGGUCUGAGGACACCGGUCUGAACGAAAACCAGGGUAUACGUCGCAGGAAGAUAUCGUGCGUUAUGGUCAUACACGAUGGAAUCAAACUCGAGGAACCGAUCGAAAUCGAGGACACAAGCUGCCAAAAUUUAUCCCCGGGAACGCCUCCCGUAGAAGUGUGUUCACUUGAACCGAACCAAGACUGCGUAGUUACGGAGUACUCGAACUGGACAGCUUGCUGCGGAGGGACACAACGCAGAACCAGGAGUAUCGUGAUCGAGCAGAAAAAUGACGGAGCUAAAUGUCCACCGCUGACUGAAUCACGUUCAUGUAAGCCGGACGACCAAUCGUGCACCAAUAACGUUUCAAAGGGAUAUCAGCUUAAAGUCAACCAGUGGCAACAAUGCGUCCCAUUCUCUGAACACACUAUGGGUGACACCGACGGUAUACUCAACUCGGGCUCGCAUUCAGACACGUUUUACAAACACUGGCCUCAAGUGGGCACGCAAAAACGAUCGAUGAGCUGUUUCGAUGAGUCUGGCAUUCUUGUUUCUCUUAGCUUUUGCGAAGACAAACAGUUGCCUACCAACACCAGAGCUUGUAUUAUUGCGCAAGAUUGCGUUGUAAGCGAUUGGACAGAUUGGGAAGUAACGCAAGGUGGAUGCAUUAGCGUUGGUGGCAAAAUUCGUGCUGAGGAAGCGAUUAGAAAGCGUCAAAUAUUACGGCUGCACGAAGGACAAGGUUCGCCGUGUCCUCAUCUCGUCGAAACAAGAACUACAAAAGAAAAUUUACCGCUAUGUGCAGACAAGUACAAAUGGUUAAUUUCAAGCUGGAGCAAAUGUUCACAACCCGUAUCCAAUGCAUCGGUUCAAUGUGGUGGUGGACUUCAGUACAGAAAUAUCACUUGUAUUGAAAUUAUGAAUGGAAAAUUCAUGGACCCAUCAGUUUGUCGAAUUUUGGAGACACCUCCGACCAUCCAAAGAUGCGAAAUACCUUGUCCGAGGGACUGUCAAGUUGGACCGUGGAGCGAGUGGAGCCCUUGCAUGCCAUCAAAAUGUCCCGUUGAACUUGAAAACGAAUCUCAAGAAGAAUUCGAAGAAAACGGGUUCAGGAAAAGAGUCCGACCAGUGUUAAUACCGCCAAGCGAAUACGGUGUACAAUGCCCCAGCCUUAGCGAAGUUCAACCCUGUCAGAAUCCCCAGUGUUACGUUUGGGAUUACGACCAAUGGGGAAGUUGUAUGCUCGAUGACCCGAGUGAGAAAUGCGGUACCGGACAGAGAAACAGACAGGUGUACUGUACCACGCACGACAAGGAGGUGGUGCAUAACUCGCUGUGCUCCAAACUGAAACCGGCGGAAUCGGAACCGUGUUCCGUGCCGUGCCCGGAGGAUUGCGUGGUAUCCGGAUGGUCAGAGUGGAGCGAAUGUUCGAUGGGAUGCUCGAUAAACUUCGACAUAGGUGUUCGGUACAGGAACCGUACGGUCAUCGGACCUCCGGGACCAACCGGGCACCCGUGCCCGUCCAAAGAAGACAUGGUCCAGUUCGAAAACUGCAACACUCAUGGAUGCUACGGAUACAGCUGGUUGGUGUUGCCGUGGACGGAUUGCAAUGGAACGUGUGGACGAGGCGUUCAGACCCGAGACGUUUGGUGCAUGAGAGGCAACGAUCAACAUGUGGAAGACGAAAAUUGCAUGGAACUACAAAAACCCGUGACUUCGAGAGAAUGUUUUAAGGAUUGUGAGAGUAAAAUCUGUGUUCUAUCAGACUGGAGUGAUUGGUCGGAAUGUCCUCAAGAUUCUUGCAUUAAUGAACACACAGAUUUAACCAAAUUCAAACGACAACGGAACAGAGUUAUUCUUGGUGGUGAAUCUUGCGGUCCUGUGUUCGAAGAAGAAACAUGUCAAAUUCCAAAUAAUGUCUGUCCCAAGUACUUCUGGGUUUUAGGUGUUUGGUCGCAUUGUCAACUAGCGGAAAGCGUUACUUGUGGUCAUGGUCUGCGAACAAGAGAUUUCUGGUGUACAAAAGACGAUUCACCCGUUCACGUUGAACUGAAACACUGCCUGCAGUAUCAGAAUAUCACACCGAGUAGUGUUGAGCGAUGCCACGUCGACUGUCAAACACCGUGCCAAAUGACUGAAUGGUCUCAUUGGUCGUCAUGUCCACAACCUUGUUCGGGUCUGCGUACGAGAACCCGAGAUCUAAUCGGAGGUUCCAUAUCGCACCCGGCUUGUAAAGGAGUACGUCAGGUCGAAACAACGCAAUGCCCGUGUUCUGAAUAUUUCUUGGAACCUACUUCUGAGUGGUCGUUUUGCUUGACAAACGAAACGGACGGAUGCGGAGCUGGCACGCGAUACAGAUCAUUAGGAUGUUACAACAUGGACAACCAUCUCGUUGAUCCAUCAUUAUGCGGUGGUGGCACUGGCAUCGAAGAAGAACCUUGUUUAGUACCGUGCUCAAUUGAUUGUCAAAUGUCCGAUUGGAACGAAUGGGGUGUGUGUAAUAGGUUGUGUGGACCAGGAAUACAUCACCGCUAUAGAAGCAUCGAACGGAACGCGACCAAUGGUGGACGACCGUGUGGUGAGACGGUACAGACAAAGGUGUGCAACACGCCAUGCAAUAGUUUCCAGUGGACAACGGACCCGUGGAGCCAAUGUAAAUUACCAGAUAAAGAUAAACAAAAAGGCUGCGGCGAAGGAGAAAUGUUCAGAUUAGUAAAAUGCAUACACGUGAACACCGGAAUCGAGAUGUCGGAAGAAUACUGCGACUGGACAAUACGACCAGACGGAGUGAACUUGUGUACGAUCGCAUGUCCCGGGGAUUGUGUGCUAAGUGGUUGGUCAGAUUGGUCACCUUGUCCAAAAGAUUGUCUAUCGUCGCAGGAACAACAACGCACUAGAUUAUUGCUUAGAAGUCAAAGCCCUACCGGAGCAAACUGUCCAAUAGCUAUACAAACGCAACCGUGCCAUUUGAAUUUCACUUGCUUCAAGUAUUCGUGGAAAACCAUAACGAAUGUAUCGUGUCUGCCUUUGGGCGGAAGUCCGUGCGGUGAAGGCAUGACGGUCGGAGCGGUAUACUGCGAGCGAAGUGACGGUAGAACUGUCGCUGAUCGGUUUUGUGCUGACCAUCCCAAACCGAAUCCAUUGGAAAAAUGGUGCUACAUCGAUUGCCCCGUGGAUUGCGCCCUUGAAGGCUGGUCGCCGUGGAACGCGAGCUGUUCUUGUAACGACACAGGUGUAUCACGCAGAGCUUACACGGCCAUGAACCCGAGUCCGACGGGCAGACAAUGCCCUAUGACCGUCGAACAAUGGAAACCCUGCCCGGCUGUACCAUGCUACACUUGGUCCCUCGGACCGUGGUCUGCGUGUCAGCUUCAUGGAGCCGCAUGCGGACAUGGCGUGACCACCAGAAACGUGACGUGUGUGCGGACCAACGACGGUGAAACGGUAGAAUCUUCUUUCUGUGGCGCGUUAGGUCAGCAGAAACCGCUGUCCUGGCAAAACUGUUACGUAUCCUGCGGCCCCGGUUGCACGUUGUCCGAGUGGAGCCCGUGGUCACAUUGCCACGGUGAUUGUCAGAAGGAGAGUAUCGGAUACGAAACAAGGUCCCGAACAGUAAUAUCGCAGUCGCCGGCCGGCACCACUGCGUGCACCGACCCCCUGUGGGAGACCCGAGAUUGUCGAAUACCCCCUUGCAUGACCUACGACUGGGCCCUCACUCCUAACGCUGAUGUUAUCUGCCGUCGAUCUGACGGACUCGUAGUGUCAGAAUCUUCUUGUAACGAAUCGGAAAGACCUAAGUCAAUGUGCAGUACCCUGCAAGGAAGUUAUAUAUGCACCAAGGACAUCUGUAUGCCAGACGACAAAUUAACAUGUGACAAAUUGACUACUUGGGUUCAACUCAAAGAUGAUCCACGCAUAGUCGAUUAUGCCUUGUGUUUUGGAUUUGGGAUGAUGAUGAUUGCUGCAAUUGCCGUAUUUCUCUAUUUUAUGCGCCCUUCAAAAAAGCGGAACGAAUGCAAAUACCAUAAACAACCGGAUUUAGCGUAAACUUAAUAGUAUGGUAAGAUUGGUGAGACCGAACGGUAUUAAAAAAAAAAAAA